ACUCAGUUGCUUCGUAUUACCUGUUCGCUACAGGUAGAAGAUGGAUGUGAGUAUUUGAGAUACAAUCGUGGUAUGCAAUGUUAAAGAGAAUCUUCUUGCCUGGUGUGGUCGUUUUCUGUUUGUUGAUGCUCAAAGUAAGAACGAACGUGCACAUACAUACAUACCUGUCUCUCCAUUAACUUGACUUAAAUAAACAGUUGUUAACCUGAACUUGUGCUGAGUCCGCAUUGAAAACGCAUUUGUGUAUCGACAUUAAGGAAAGCAGUUUUGUAUUUGGGUGGUAGUUUGUCGAGAAGUAAGAAACGGAAAAACGUCUUCAAGAAGCUUUUCUAGAAGUGUGGGCUCAGUGUUUUUAAGGUCAAUUCGUUUAAGUUUGGAGUGAAACGUUUUUGCAUACAAAGUGUUUUUGUGAGUUCCCCGUAGUAAAUAAUUAGGUGUGACAACAGUGAUGUACAUAGGCACCAAGCAAGCAAUCUUAAAGAAAAAUCUUUCGUUAGUAGUGGGUUACAUUCUCAUUUCUCAGAGUCUUGUGUUUCAAAAGCUGAAAGUUAUUAGUGCAGAUAAUAAUUGCUAGCCAAGCAAAUCUGAGCUGGAUUUCUAGGAAUGUGAUGAUCCGUGCGACUAUCGACUUCUACUAAUACGUAAAAGUGGAACAACUAUUCCAAUCAGCAGCUUCGGUGUCGGUUCAAUGUACUUCAGACAUAUAAUGACCAUGUUCUGCAUACCUUAGCAGACGCCAGCAAAGAAAUCAUAUUCAUCAGCGAUAAGCAAUUUCUUCAACAUCUUCAUCGUCAUUCCGGCUUCCACCUUUUGGAGCAAUCAAAUUUAUGAUCUACCAAAAUGGGAGUCCGGAGAACUGGAGUUGGCAGAGGAUACGAGGAAAUGGAUGGCGCCAACAUACAGGUACCGCAAAAUAACAACCUUAAUGAUUCGCACGUAAUCAACACAUCACUAGACACUGAAUUCGAGUUGUCGUCAGUAAGCGUUGUACCUGAUGAUACUUUCACUGUGCAGCAGGCAGUCAAUGCUUUGGGUUUUGGAUGGUUUCAGGUGAAACUUUCUCUUUGCGUUGGGCUAUGCUGGAUGGCAGAUUCAAUGGAAAUGACAAUACUGAGUGUUCUUGGUCCGGCAUUACAUUGUGAUUGGGGCAUUUCCAGAUAUCAGCAGGCUCUCACCACAACAAUAGUAUUUUUAGGGAUGAUGCUUAGUUCCACAUUCUGGACGCAGCUCAGUGAUCGAUAUGGGAGGAAACCAGCUUUAACACUUUGCGGCAUUCUGUUGUUCCUUUACGGAUUGUUAAGCGCGGUAGCGCCGAGUUUUGGGUGGUUGCUAUUACUUCGAGGAUUGGUGGGCUUCGCUAUUGGAUGUGUUCCCCAAUCGGUAACUUUAUAUGCAGAAUUCCUUCCAACUAAGCAAAGGGCCAAAUGUGUUGUCCUUUUAGAUUGUUUCUGGGCGCUAGGGGCGUGCUUCGAAGUUGCUCUUGCAUUGGCUGUUGCCCCAAAUCUUGGCUGGCGAUGGCUACUUGGACUUUCAGCUGCACCCUUGUUCAUUUUUGCUGUAAUAACACCGUGGUUGCCAGAAUCAGCACGAUAUCAUGUCUCAAAUGGUCAAAAUGAGAAAGCUUUACGAACGCUUGAGGAUAUUGCCAAAGAUAAUAAACGACCAAUGCUUUUGGGAAGACUAGUUGUUGAUGGACCAACAAUCAGCCGAGGUAGUGUUAAAGCUUUGCUGAGUGUAUCGCUACGAAGAACGACACUCUUGUUGUGGUUCAUAUGGAUGGCUUGUGCAUUUUGCUAUUACGGACUUGUUUUAAUGUCAACUGAGAUGUUUGCCAACAAUCCUGUUGAACCUAUACAGGAUCCUACCAAUGACUGUCAACAUCUACAAACAACUGAUUAUAUGGAUCUAUUGUGGACUACAUUAGCAGAAUUCCCAGGGAUCUUUGCCACUAUAGCAAUCAUUGAGAGAUGUGGACGUAAGAAGACAAUGGCGAUACAAUUUCUGCUUUUCGCAGUAUGCGUAGGGACUUUGACUAGCACAAACGAUCGAGUUCUGCUCACAAUAAUACUUUUCCUCGCACGAGGUGUUAUCGCAGGAUUGUUCCAAGCUGCUUAUGUUUACACACCUGAAGUAUACCCAACAGCAUUACGUUCGAUAGGGGUAGGCGGAUGCUCUGCACUGGCUCGACUCGGUGCAAUGGCGACCCCUUAUGUGGCCCAAGUACUCCUGCAGACCUCGCUUUGGAGUGCAGUUUCAGUUUAUGGAUUGUUUGCAAUAUGUGCAGCUCUAGCAUGUCUUCUACUGCCCUACGAAACGCAAGGAUCUGAAUCUAAUUCAUAAGUGUUACCACGCGUGGAUAUCUAGGUUCUGCAAGUCUGAUUCACAAUUUUGAAUUAGAAAUGAAAAAGUCUGAACUUAAAAUGGAAAAUUCCGAAAAUGACUUGGAAAAAUCUGAAGUUAGUUUGGAAGUUUCUGAAAUUAGUUUGGAAAAUAAUGAAUUUGAUUUGCAAAACCUAUAUACAUUGUACAUACCGAGUUAAAAAAAAACUGAUUCUCAAAGCGCGGUGCUUUCUGGCGUUAGAAUAAGGGCAAAUUGUUAAAGCUAGUUUUAAGAACCCGUAAUAUUUUAAACACUCUUUAGAUAAAAUAGGGUAUUGUUAAUUUAUUCAAUUAUUUAUUGCAGUUGAAUUUUUAACUAAUUAAUAAACACUAAAAUUUCAUU